GGGCCUCAGCGUUCCCGCGCGGGUGGCGGAGUGGUUUCGGGCGGGGGCCGCCGCGCGCGCGCGCGCCCACGGCAGACGUCUCCUCCGCGCCCUGAGGACGGUGUCCCUCCUGCGCGUCGCUGAGUCUGGGCCACGCUCCUGCGCCAGUGAGCUGGACAUGAUUUCCACAAGGGUGAUGGACAUUAAGCUUCGGGAAGCUGCAGAAGGCCUUGGGGAGGACAGCACAGGAAAGAAAAAGUCCAAGUUCAAGACGUUUAAGAAGUUCUUUGGGAAAAAGAAGAGAAAGGAAUCGCCGUCUUCCACAGGAAAUAGCACCUGGAAACAAAGUCAGGCGAAGAGUGAGGUGAUUGCCAUCGAGUCGGGGCCAGUGGGCUAUGACUCAGAGGAUGAGCUCGAGGAGUCGAGGGGUGCGCUGGGCAGCCGGGCCCUGUCACACGACAGUAUUUUCAUUCCUGAGUCGGGACAGGACCCUCCUCGGCCUGUGCGGGUGUUUUCCCAAGAAAAUGUGUGUGACCGGAUUAAAGCCCUGCAGCUAAAAAUACAGUGUAAUGUGAAAAUGGGGCCACCACCUCCUCUGGGGGGCCUUCCUGCCAAACGGGGAGAUGACGCCGGCAUGAGUUCUGAGGACGACGGUCUGCCCAGGAGCCCCCCAGAGAUGUCCCUGCUGCCCGACAUCGGUCCAGGCACAACCAUAAAGAUCUCUCUAGUUUCCUCAUCCCGGCCACAGUCUCCAGACCAGCUCUUCUCCAGGCACGCGAGCGAUGCCAGCGUCUGCCCCCGCACCUCAGACAGCAGUGCGGCACCCGUGGCUGAUUUCGAUUACCCUCCAGAAUCCUCCUCCUGCCUGGACAACUCUGCAGCGAAACACAAGCUCCUGGUUAAGCCUCGCAACCAGCGGUCCAGCAAGAUGAGGCGGCUGUCCUCGCGAGCACAGUCCGAAUCCCUUAGUGAUCUGACGUGUACCCCAGAGGAAGAGGAAUACGAUGAGAAGUCAUUACCCAGAGUCAGCACAGAAGAGAGCCCCAGUUCCGCACAGCAGAAUGUGGUACUGGACAGAAGCCCCGAGCCCGGGGGGCCAGCGACCAUGCUGCAACCUGGGGGGCUGCGAGCUAGGCGGGCGCGCCUGCAGCACUGCCCGGCACUCAGUGCCAGCGCCGAGGAGGAGGAGGAGAGCUUCCUCGGGGAUAACCCUUCAAGCCGCCCGGCCACCCCCGAGGUCACUGAGCCCGUGUCAGGCUCGGAGUCCCUAUCUCUGCCAGAAGGUUCCCUGCACCAUAAUCCCGACAGCGACAACCAGAGAGAGGAAGUGUCCCUGGAAAGCACCUGUGCCCCAGCCAGGGAAACAGCUGAUGAGGUGGUUUGCGCCUCUGGAGACGUGGAGAUUCGGUUAUCUCCCUCCAUCCCUGAGGAGGACACGACACCUCCCGAGACUGACCCUGCCACCACCUCGGAGUCUCCCCCUGGUCCAGAGGGGGCAGACCAAAGUGUCCAGAAGGAGGUAGAGCUGACGCUGGAAGUGCCUGCCCGUGCCCGAGCCCGAGCCCGAGCCCGAGGGAGCAGGGAAGAGAUCUCCCGAGGCCCCCGCCCCAAGCCCCCCAGCCCCCAAGAGCUGCUUGAAGCACAAGGCCCCGGCGGUGCCGAGCCGGCUGAGCCCCCGCAGGGCGGACCCGAGAGGCUGGCGCCGGAGCGGAAGGUGGAGCGGGGAGGCAGCGAGCUGCGGGCCGUGAAGUUCUCCGUGUCGUCGGGCCGUGCGUGGGCGCGCUCUGGCAGCGCCCGAGUGCUCGAGCCCUCCGGCCCCGCGGGGCCCUCGGCCGGCCGCCUGCCGCUUCUGAAGAGCAGCCUGGUCUGGAGGAGCGAGGCGGCGCUCGACGACCUGCGGGCGCCUCCCGAGCCCCACGGCGGGAAACCCGCGACGGCCGGCGGCGGCUCUCGAGACUCCGGGGACACGGCGGCCGGGCCGGGCCGGACCCCCCGGGAUGCCCCAGGAGACCCCUGCCCGGCCGCCCGCGAGCCGCCCUCGGGGGAGGACCGAGACCCCUUUCCCGUCAAGCUGCGCUCCACCUCUCUGUCCUUCAAGCACAGGGAGGCGUCCUCGGCGGACGUCAGAGGGAUAAAGAGAUACAGCGCUGAAAUCCGGUUAGAAAAGGGGGGGCUGGCUUUGCUCCCCAAAGACGAGAAAUGUCCAGUCGCGAAGGCCCCCUCCCCUCGAGGGGCACGGUCCCCGCACGAGCAGGGCAAGGGCAAGACGCGGUCGUCGGAGCCGCUCAGCGCCAAGCCUCCCCUGCCCAGGAAGCCGCUGCUGCAGAGUCGCCCCCUGCCGCCCCCCGACACCGGUCCCGGGGAGCUGACGAAGGCCGCGCCGCCCUCGGAGCCCAGACGCGAGAGCCGGAUGGCCGAGACGCGGUCGCCGCACCGGGCAGCUGAGAAGGGUCCGCCUGCUGCAGCCGAAGGCCAGCCUGCACCACCCUGGAUCACCAUCACUCGGCAGAAGCGACGAGGGACCUCGGACCAGCCCCCAAACCAGGAAGACAAGCCCAGGGCUCGCACCGUGAAGUCUGAAAUAGGAAAGCAAGCCAAGGCACCCGAGAGAGCCCAGGAGCCCGUAAAGCAAGCCGACUUCGUCCGCAGCAAGUCUUUCCUGGUGGCUCCUGCCAAGCCCACUGUGGACCGGAGGCAGGGGACCAAGCUCUGCCUCCAGGAGGGGCUGCAAAGAGGAAUCUCGUUGUCCCAUCAGAACUUGGCUCAGUCUGCAGUGAUGACAGAGAAAGAAUUGCAUCAGCUGAAGAGAGCCAGUUAUGCCAGUGUAGAUCAGCCAUCCUGGAUGGAACUCGCCAGAAAGAAAUCUCAAGCUUGGAGUGACAUGCCCCAAAUUAUAAAAUAGGCUGACAGCCUGCUGCUACAGAAUGUCCACUACCUUGACGGGUCACUGAGUCAGAAACGGCCAGUAAAUCAAGGCAAACAAACUGUGAAACUGAAGCGUGAUUUUAUCAUCAUGUUAGGGGAGAGGAAGGAACCAGGCCAACAAAGACAGACACACAGCCACAAUCCUGGGCCAGAGGUGCCCUAAAACAAGAACACCAUUGAAAAGGGCCAGGAACAAGGCCCUGUGCCCAAAGGUAUGAAUGUGAGUCUUUGAGAAUUGCCUUGAUAAAGAGGGCUCGGACAGUAAGAGAGUGGAAGUGAACCAUGAGCCUAAGUGAGAAGCGCCUGCAAGGUCAGCAGAGAAGGUCUUCGGGGAGAACGUGUGUCUGUGCUUCCACCCGAGAUCAACCCAUGUCUCUGGUUCUCGUCUUGCCUGUGGAUCCCGUCUUCUCCUUUCAUGUUUACUCUUAGGCAUGACAUUUUUGGUAAAACAGGGAUGCCGUUUCCAAGAGCAGCUAUAAAACCGUCUUCCUGAAGAUAGUCACUCUGAGAAGGAGUGGAAGGAGCAUAGCCGGGUUCAUCAAUUUACAGACUGUUUCCAAAAAUAAUUUUUAAACUUUUCCACAAGGCAUCUGUGUCCUUGACCAUUGCACAAUGCAUUGUCUGUUCAAUAAAAGGUUUCA